UUUGUAGGGAAAAUGGCUGCUGAACCAACACGAGAGUGGGGCGAUGAGAAACUGAAAAGUGAUGAUGUACCCAAAAAAGACCUAAUCAAGUUUAUUCAGGAUAAUGCAUCCCAUUCGUUUCUUGCAGAGCAAAAACUUCUGGGAAAUAUCAAAAAUGUUGCAAAAACUGCAAAAAAGGAACACCUCAUCGUAGCCUACAACCAGCUUUUUGAGAGCAAGAGGUUUAAAGGCACUGAGGUGGAGGAGGUCACUCAGGAGGUGAAAGCUGUGAAAAUUGAAGAGAAGCUCAAAGAAACAAAAACAGACAUUGUGGAUGAGGGUCCCCCAAAAUUCACAAAGACAGUGCUCAAGAAAGGAGAUAAGUCCAACUUCCCAAAAAAGGGUGAGACAGUGUCAUGUUGGUACACUGGGACGCUUGAGGAUGGCACUGUCUUCGACACCAACAUCCCAACAGGUGCACGGAAAAAGAAACAGGCUAAACCACUUUCUUUUAAGGUUGGGAUGGGCAAAGUUAUCAGAGGAUGGGAUGAGGGGCUUCUGACCAUGAGUAAAGGUGAGACUGCACGACUGGAAAUUGAGUCAGAAUGGGCAUAUGGCAAAAAAGGUCUUCCUGAUUCCAAAAUCCCACCAAAUGCUAAACUUAUUUUUGAGGUUGAAUUGGUAUCUGUUGAUUAAUACUCAUAACUUGGACUGCAAAGAGUGUCUUGAGUGGCAGACAGCUUCAACUGCAGAACAUACUCCUAAUGUCAAGUGAACAGGGUUAACCAUCAACAGGAGGGAUGGGUGUGGUCGUUUGUCUUGACCUUUGUUAAAACUCGUGUUGUGAUAAGCAGCACAACUUCUGCAUUAAACAGUCCAAUUUUUUGCAUGUUUCAAGAUGUUCAAAUAAAACCAACACUGAACUAAA